AUGCUCAAACUACCCUUCUAUCUGCAUGAUAAAUGGAGGAACCAAGUAUAUAAGUACAAGGAAGCAAAGAGGAAGGUUCGGUUCAAGGACUUAGUGAAGUUUGUGAAGACAGAGGCUAAGAAAAUCAACGACCCUACGUAUGGAAGUAUUGCCACUGGGACUUCAAGACCAAAGACUCCGCAAAAGAUUGCACGUUCCAGCAAUGCAGUUCCAGAGAUUGUUACAGAUUCUAUACCUAAGAGCACCAGUGACACCGUACCUCCUCCAGCCCCGAAUUAUAAGUGUUUCUUCUGUGACUCUACUUCCCAUUCUCUGGAUACUUGCAAAGAGAUAACUGCCAAACCUAUGAACGAAAGAGUCAACUUCAUUAAAGAAAAGGGAUUAUGCUUUGGCUGUCUCAAGAAAGGCCACUUGUCGAAGAGAUGCCGUAAUCGUUCCAAGUGCGGCAUAUGCAAAAAAAGUCAUCCAUCUAUCUUACACAACGAAGAAAGCUCGUCAGUUGUUAGUGUAUCGAAUGCCAGUACUGGUUAUGCUAUCGCAAAAGAAGAUCAAAAGGGGGAUGUGUCUUGUGCCAUGGCGAUAGUCCCAGUUAGAAUUCGCUUGCGUGAUAAACCUCAUAGUAUAGAGACAUACGCAUUCUUGGAUACAGGUAGUAGCGCUUCGUUUUGCACCGAGACAGUUAUGAAACAGCUUGGAGCUAUCAUGAACACAUUUUCCAUCAGUGGACUGCAAGUAAGUGACAUUGACUCGGAAAAUGCUAUUGAUCUUCCGCGAGUGUUCACGAAGGAGAAAAUGCCCGUGUCUAAGAAGCACAUUCCAACACAAGCAGAGGUGUCAAGGUGGGAACACUUAGCAAAGGUUUCACUAGCUGAGCCUAACUGUGAGAUAGGUUUGAUGAUUGGCAGCAACGUACCAGAUGCCUACUCGCCUAUUGAGAUACUUGCAGGCCCUAGUGGAUCACCACAUGGUACAAGAACUAAGCUUGGAUGGGUGGUCUGGAAUGUUCUUCGAGAAAGCGGUACUAUACAAGUCAACAGAGUUCACAUUCAGGAUGAGUCUGGAGAAGACAUCGAAGACAUGGUUAAGAGAUCUAUGAACCUCGAUUUCCCUGAGCGUCUUAUUGACGAUAGAAAAGAAAACUCCAGGGAGGACAAACAAUUUUUGGAUAUGGCUGAAAACUCUAUUUAUAAGGAUGGAGAACAUUACUGCGUUUCGUUGCCAUUUCGUAACAAGGUCACUAUUUUGCCUGAUAACUCGGUAAUGGCUGAACGGAGAUCACGCAGCAUUGAGAACAGGUUCAAGGCAGAUCCCAAGUUCAAAGAAGAUUACACUGCCUUCAUGGAAACACUGUUGGAGAAAGGUCAUGCGGAACCAGCACCUGUGGGAUUUGACAAAGGAAAGGUCUGGUACAUUCCUCAUCAUGGUGUAUACCACAAGAAAAAGAACAAGAUUCGAGUGGUGUUUGAUUGCUCUGCGCGAUAUCAAGGUGUCUCCCUUAACGACAACUUACUCCAGGGACCUGACCUUACAAACAAUCUUCUUGGUGUGUUGAUGCGAUUCCGGGAGGAACCAGUGGCUGUCAUUGGAGACAUCGAAGCGAUGUUCUAUCAGGUGAAGGUCCCAGUAAAUGAAAGAGACUAUCUGCGAUUUUACUGGUGGCCCAACGGGAAUACUGCGAAUGAGCCAAGGAGCUACAGGAUGACGGUUCACCUGUUUGGAGCCUCAUCAUCUCCCAGUGUUUGCAACUUUGCUCUUCAGAAAACUGCAGAGGACAGUCAAAAACGGUUUCCCCAAGAAGUUCAGGACACACUGAAAAGAAAUAUGUAUGUCGAUGACUGUCUGACCUCCGUUGCUACAGAGAAGAAGGCGAUUAGUCUUAUACAUGAUGUGACUCAAAUGUGUAAAUCCGGAGGAUUCCGACUUACCAAAUGGACGAAUAACAGUGAUGUGGUUGUGGAAUCUAUUCCAGAGGGUGAUCGUGCCCAAGAAGUCAAGUUGUGGAGUCUGGAUAGUAAGCCACCUAUCGAAAGAGCUCUCGGAGUUUAUUGGUUCAUGGAGAAUGACUCCCUUGGAUUCCAAAUUCAGAUGAAAGACAAGCCCGUUACUAGAAGAUGUAUUCUAUCAGUAACCAGCUCAGUGUACGAUCCUUUAGGAAUUGCAUCCCCGUUUGUUCUUAAGGCCAAGUCAAUUCUGCAAAGACUUUGUAGGGAUGGUAAGGGAUGGGAUGAGGAGAUCACAGGAAAAGAUCUGAAGGACUGGACCGAUUGGCUGCUUCAGCUACCUGAACUAGAGCAUGUUACCAUUGAUCGGUGUUACAAAGGGAAAAACCUCGGCAAGGUAACCUCCUGUCAACUUCAUGGUUUCGCAGAUGCAACACUUCAGCACUUAAGGUAUAUCACAAACAAGAAUUUGCGCUUCCACACGUUCGUAGCUAACCGCAUUGCUCUUAUCCACGAAGCUACGUCGGAAGAUGACUGGUAUUACAUCAACACUAAGGAGAAUCCAGCUGAUGUUGCAUCAAGAGGAACGAGCAUUUCGAAGUUGCCUGACUCGUGGACUCGUGGACCAAUGUUCCUCUGGAAAUCCGAACGUGAAUGGCCCGUUGUGGAAAAGGAUGUUAAGAUCACGGAUAAAGAGAAUGAUCCUGAAAUAAGGACGACUGCGUGCGCUACAUCAGUUGUUUUAGACACAAACAGUGGUGUCGGAAAUCUUUUCGACUAUUACUCCAACUUUAGUAAGCUUAGGAGAGCUACUGGAUGGCUUAUGAGAGCUAUGGACAACCUGCACGGAGCUGUUGAGAGGAGCCGGCAGAUAAAACAGGACAUCAGCAGUUCAGAAUCUGAUCCUGUGAAACGCGACCAGAAAAUAAAGUUAGCAUUGUCGAAAGAGAGACAGGAUAGACUUCUCAAUGGACAGAAAAACCUUCGUACAGCGUGCCUGUCUGUGGAUAUUCUGGAACGAGCUGAAGCCGCGUUGAUUAAGUAUGAGCAACGAAAGUACUUCGCAGCCGAAAGCAAGAUCCUUCACCAGGACAAUGGUGUUCAGUCGCGAAAACUCAAGAAGACUUCGAAAUUAUUCAAGAUGGACCCCUUUGUUAAAGAUGGUGUCAUUCGCGUAGGAGGUCGUCUUGAAAGAGCUGAAAUUUCGUAUGAUGCAAAACACCCCGUGGUGUUGCCUAGGGAAUCUGUCGUAUCGAGACUCGUUGUGGAUGAUGCCCACAGAUCAUGUGGUCACUUAGGAAAAAACACUGUUCUUGCAUUCAUUCGAGAAAAAUAUUGGAUUGUUGGUGCUCGCACUCUGGUGAAAUCUAUUCUUUCCAAAUGUGUGACUUGUAGGAAAUACAGAGCUCCCUGUGUUGAGCAAAAGAUGGCAAACUUACCCGCAGAGCGACUCGCAGCUGAUCAGCCUCCUUUCAGCAGAACUGGGAUGGACUUCUUCGGACCCUUUGAACUGAAACGUGGAAGGAGUGUGGUAAAGCGAUAUGGGGUAUUGUUUACCUGUCUUGUGACUCGUGCGGUCCAUUUAGAAGUUGCUGCGUCGCUCGAUACAGAUUCUUGCAUCAACUCCAUUCGACGAUUUAUCGCUCGCAGAGGAAAACCUGUAUUUAUUAGAUCGGAUAACGGAACCAACCUUGUCGGUGCUCAACGAGAAAUGAAGGAAAAUAUUCAGAAAUGGAACACAGACAAAAUUCGUGAUAACAUGUUGCAGAGUAGCAUUCAGUGGGAUUUCAAUCCUCCCUCCGGUUCUCACUUCGGCGGAGUCUGGGAAAGACUCAUUAGGUCUGUGAGACAGGUGUUGCACUCUGUUAUGCAUGAGCAGAAUGCGAAACUGGAUGACGAAGGACUUCAGACACUCUUUUGUGAGGUAGAGGCUAUCUUAAAUGGACGCCCGUUAACUGAAGCAUCGGAUAACGUAACUGACCUACGGGUUUUGACCCCAAACCAUCUGCUAUUGCUUCAGCCUGGAGAGUAUUUCCCACCUGGAACAUUUGUCGCCACGGAUAACUAUGCCAGAAGGAGGUGGAGACAGAUACAGUACCUUUCAGAUAUUUUCUGGAAUAGGUGGACCAAGGAAUACUUACCGCUUCUGCAAGGACGCCAGAAAUGGAUGAAGAAACGACGCAAUAUGCAGACUGGAGAUCUUGUGCUGAUCGCUGAUAGUACACCUAGGCAUGCGUGGAUAACCGGUAGGAUUCAGGAAGUUGUGAAAGACAAACAUGACAUUGUGCGAUUCGUGAAGGUUAAGACCCCUUCCAAUGUGUUAACGCGCCCAGUGACCAAACUCGUGCUCUUGCUCGAGUCAGACAAUGAGUAA